UCGAGUUCGAUUUAUUUCGAUCUAUUAUGAACAAAAAUGUCAGUUUAAACAUAACCUAUAUAAAAUUAGGCUUAUUCUUUUGAAGAAGUUUCAUCAUAUAGAUUUUAAUAUUUUAUUGUAUAAUUAUAUAAAGUGAAAAAUGCAAGAAAUAUCUACAGUGAGAAAUAUAAUUAACAAUCGAAAUCGUGAUUGUUUAGGUUGUAGAAUUUUCAGUGGUUGUGGUCUUAUUGGUUCUGGUUUAUAUGUUGCGUAUCAUUCAAAAAAAUUUCAGAAAAAGAUUGGAAAAACUAUUAUGUAUUCAAUUGGAAGCGCUUUAAUGCUUCUUGGUACUGCUCGAAUAUUGGAUCUCCCUCCAUUUCGCAAACAAUUUAACCAAGGAUGAUUAUAAAUGAAUAUUAUUCAAUUUUCGUUUCUUAUAUAAAUGUUUUAAUAUCUUUUUGUUAUCUGUUUUGAUAUUUUUAUUAAAAUAUAAAUCUACAACUGUAGCUUAAACAAUUUUAAAUAUUUAUUAAAUCUAUAUAGUUAUUUUAAAAAAAUGCAUUUAUUUUCGUAUUUUUAUAUAAAAUAAAAUACAUUUAAUUUAUUUAAUGUAUUUGUUUAAUUAUAAACUUUCAUGAAUAUAUAA